AUGAAUGACGAUGAGAAAACGAAGAAGGUGAUAAAUGAACAUACAUCUCAAUCUCAACUGAAAGAAAAAUCCUUAAUACCAAAAAAAUGGAGCUACCAGAUGAAAUCACACUGUCAGGAAAAAGAUCCAAAAGAACAAGACAAAAAUAAAAAGGAAAUGGAAAAUUUCCCAAAAAAUCAAUGCCACCAAAAAUCAAUUAAUAAAUCACUGGAAUUGCAGACAAAUACAAACAAUGAUGAGUCUAAGCGAAAUCUUGAAAAUUUAUUGGCAUCUUACAAUUCCACUGAUGAAGAAAAAGAAGAAAUUCGCACUCACGGAAAAAAAGUUCUACAAACGGAUGCAAUUAAGUGUGAUAUUACAACAAGAGAAGAAAUGCACCCUCAAGGGUAUCAGCACCACAAAAAGGGUAGUACCGUGCGUGAUGAUGAUGCUGAUAAUGGUAGUGAUAAUGAUAAUGGUAGUGAUAAAGAUAAUGGUAGUGAUAAUGAUAAUGGUAGUGAUGCUGAUAAUGGUAGUGAUAAUGAUAAUGGUAGUGAUAAUGAUAAUGAUGAUGAUAGUGAUGAUGAUAGUGAUGAUAACGAUUAUCUCGCCAUUGCUGAAGGAGAAAGGAUUCAUGGAACGCAAAAGACAAAACAGAGUAAAGACAAAGACGCAAAGACAAAUGAUGAAAAUGGGAAAAGUGAGGAGAGGCAAAAAAUAUCUUUGCAAAAAAAUUAUCAGGAUGGAGCAGACACCGAAGGGAAAUGCAAAGAGGAAAAAACCUCAACAUCAAGUAAAUAUCAAAACAAUGAAAAAGGUACAUACCACUCCCAAAGGAAAAAACAUCUUAAAAUAAGUGACGAAAUAGAUGUAUGUAAAUCUCAACUCAAUAUGUGUAAAAAUAGUUUCGAAAUGGAAAGUAGAAAUUCUUUAUUUCAUAAGGAAUAUGGCACAGGUCUCCCCAAUUGGGGAAUGACGAACUCUAUAUCUACUUAUUCCCAACAACAUCCAUGUCACGACAAAAACAACUUUCAUAAUGUUAAUUAUUAUGCAAAUAGCUACUAUACGAGUACCAGAAAUAACCACUAUGCUGGGGAGUCAAGCAUAACAAAAAUGCCCCUUACGAAUCUAGGGUUCUCAAAAAAGAAAGAAAUUAAUGUUAACCUAGAAAAUAUACCCGUAAUAGAUCAGAGGGAAAUUUUGAAGGAUUGGAAACCUGCCAUCACGCAUGAAGAAACCAAGAGCCAAAAAUAUAAUAUAAAAACUAAAGUUUACAACGCGACUAGUAAUACUUUUGAUAAAGUAAUUGUUCAUGGAAAAAAUCAAAAACGAAAACAUCAGAUAAAUUGGCUAGCCAAGGAAGCCGUGGAAAAAGAAUAUGAAAUUUUGCAAAAAACAAACUACACCAAAAGAAGAACAACGAGCGAUAAAUAUGGGUGGUAA